CGCUCAUGAGCGGAGAGGCUACUGACCUGCUGGCUCCUGUGUACUUAGGAGUAGGACAGAGCGGCAGGAUUGCGCACACACGUGCACGGUUGUGCCUGCCUGCUUCUCUCUCUUUUGCUCUCUCCAUCACUCUCUCUCUCCCUCUCUCUCUCUGGAGAGCAGUCUCAGUUUCCUCCCUCCCUCCCUCGCUCGCUCACUGAUACUCUUCGGAGCGCUGAGGAGUGAGCGCCGCCUUUCUCUGAUCCGCUAGCUCUGGGUCGGGGGUGCCCUCAGGCUCGGGCGCCUGCUUGGAACGAGGGAAUAUGAACCAACAGGGGAGUGACUGACUGAAACUGCCCCCACCAGCACCACCACCACCACCUCCUCCUCCUCCUUCUCCGGACCCUCCUACAGUCUCCCGCUGAGGCGAAGCCGCCGGCGAGGCGCGGCCAUGUGGGGGCGCCGGCGCUGAGCUCAGCUGAAGUGGCGUUGGGCUCUCCGGCAGCGUUCGGGGAGGAAGAGGAGAAGAUGAGCGCAGCCGGCCGGCGGACUUUCAGCGUCCUGGCGGUCAACCUGGUGCUGCUGUCCACGGCGGCUCUCUGCGCGCACUUCCGGGUGUGUGAGCCCUACUCCGACCACAGGGGGCGCUACCACUUCGGCUUCCACUGCCCCCGCCUCUCCGACAACAAGACCUACAUGUUCUGCUGCCACCGCAACGGCACGGCCUUCAAGUACUGCUGCAACGACACCGAGUUCCAGAGCGUCAUGCAGCUCAACCUGACCGCCGCCUCCGACGGAUUCACGCAGAAAAAGACGCACUGCAGGGAUGAUGUUGAGGCACGUCGAAGCCGCAGACCCACAGACCCGUGCGUAACACACCCCACCGCCCUCCGACGCAACUGCCACACCACAGCAGGGCUGGGUGAGCCCGGCCAAAACAGUCCGCCCCUCGACGUCCUGAACCCCGCGGAGACUCACCUGGGCGGGGCGGAGUUUCGGACCCGCGCGGGACCUCUGAGGAGAACCCGAGGCCUGUCGUCCCGCCCCCUCCUCCUCACCUGGACCUACGCGGGAAUAGCGGAUUACUGGCUCAACCAAUCAGCAGGGAGAUAAACGAUAAACUUUAACCUGGCAAUGCCUGUAAGAUACUUUCGUUUUGUUCCGUAUACAGCUGCGUAGACAACUCUGGGUUAAGUCGUAUUGGAGCCAAUGGGUGCGAGAACUUCCUGGAUUUUUACUCAUGAGAACUGGUCAGGGAAUCAGUGCCAGAAAUAUCAGACGUCGGUGAUGUAUCCGGGGGACGUGGCAAGGGUUGCUUAAUUCUCGUAAGACGUCGCUACUUUAAUGUGUUUGCAGUCUAAACGAAAAUGUGAAAACGUUUUUAAAACUACUUAACAUUUUAAUGGGAUAUUGCGUAGAGUAGAGGAGGUUUAGAGCAGUCGCAGUUAGUCGUGGUUAUCGAAGGGGUCGUAGUGAACUUAGUCUCUCGUGCUGGUGUCUUGUGAACCUGUCGUGACCGGAUAGCUAGGGCCGGGAGCGAAGUGCGCCCCGAGCCUGUUAGGCUAGUCGCUUUUUUGUAGAAAAACCGUGAGUACAAUGCCGUUUUGCUCAGAUGGAGCUGGAGCAGGAGGCAGCGCGACACGGAGGGACACCGAACCGGCGUAAUUUCAAAAUCGUGGAACCUGCAAAACUACGUCCGAAUGACACCUGACCCCGAAAACCGGAUUGGCGCUGGUUUUUCUGGUUCCAUCGAGAAAGCCCAAUCGAGGCCAGCCAGUGCGCACGAUGCACGCGCACCCCCCCCCCCCCCCAAAAAAAAACCUAAGAAGUACAUGGCUUCCAUAGGAGUCGCAAAUGGUGCUGGUGAGCUUUGAAACGCAGAAAUCGGUCAAUUUUGGGCAGACUGGGACAGGGACACUUGUCUCUACAAGAUGGGUACAGUGAAAGCAAUACGAAUAUUCAGUUACAGGGACACAUCAGCAAUAAUAAACUGCAUUUACUAACACAGUGGCUGUGGGAUUUUAGCAUGUGUAUUUCGUUUAAACGGGCCAAAUCAGAUUUGUUGUACAAAUCCUACAUUUCUGUGCAGCUGGCCAGGCGAUAAUCUUACAAUUGGCCAAAUUCAAGGAUUCAAGUGUUUUGAUGACGAGCAAAAAGUCAACAGUGUCGUGCGCGAAGCGACAAAGACACGACCUGAGAGGGCAGAAUAAAAAAAUUUAAAAAACAGUCAGGCACGUCAUUUACUGCAAUUCAGUUCGUUUUUUAUUUGUAUAGCUCCCCAGUGGGAAGAGAAACUCGGACUACUUAAAUUUUGGAACUUGUGAGCACCAUCGACAGGAAAGGGAGUGUGCCCUGCUGCAGCAACCUAAUCUCACAAGGGCCGGACAGGCAGACGCACGCACGCACGAACAUAGUCUCUCUCUCUCUCACACUCAUGCUCUCUCUCAGGCACAGACACACACACACAUACACACACACUCUCUCCCUCUUAGGCAGUCUCGCAGAGACAGACGCGCACACACACACAGACACAGAGAGAGACGUGCACACACAGAGACAGAGGUGCAGAGAGACACACAGACAGAAAGACAGAUAGAGACAGACACACAGACACAGACACACACACACACACAGGAAGGUCUUUCACAUUCUCAGCACACUCCAGAAAACUUGAGUGGCACGGCGUUGCUCGUUUCACAACUUGCUUCAACGCGGCCUUGUUUUUAUUCUUCAGAAAGUGUGAAGCAUUUCGACCCUGGCCCUUAGGUCAGAGGAGACCAGGCGUGCAAUUUCACUCAUGAGGCUGCCGUGGCAACAGUUGCCUUACAGUGAAUCUUGGCCGUGUAGCUGCUGGUUCUUCAGUCCAGGUGUGAUGAUGUCACGUCACCAGGUGCCGUCCGUUUUAUCUUAGAUAGAAUGUACAGUUUGAGUGGAAUUGUAAUUGCACUCGGUGACUUUGUAUUGUUAUAGCAGGGAAAAAUAAAGAUCUAUCUUUUCCGGUGUAUUAAAA